GACGCCUCACGGGCACACACAAUCCAGAGGAGAUGUAAACUUGUCCGAAGUUGCGCCUGUGCGCCGCGUGUUCCGUCUGAACUCCGGGAGAGAGAGAUCACCGGAGGAGAGAAGAGAAAAAAAAAUUUUUUUUUUCUUUUUCUACUUCUUCUUCAAGAAUAGAAACAAAAAGAGAUAACACUGUACAGAACAGAACAAUUCUUAUUAUCAUCGUUGAACUGUAGUGCAAGUGAAUGGUGAUGUAGUUUCAGUGUUGGAAAAAGUUUUCAAAAAAAAAAGUAAAGGAGAAGUUGUGGAGUAAAAGGGGGCGGAUGAGAGGAAUUUAUUCGGUUAGACUCGGGAUCUUGAGAUCGUUGGGGAUCGAUCUCAGUCGAAUGCGCUCGUGUCACGCACAUGGAUCUGUCUACUGACGGACGUGGGGACAAGACGUCUGGCCAGUGUCCCGGACAAAUCGACUACCAUCCAAUUUGAAACAAAGUUGAAAAAAAAAAAAUAAACUAAAAUAACCAGAAAAACCAUCCCACCACUAUCGGUACAUUCAGAAUGCUCCAGAGUUUCCUGUCUGGUGGCUCCAGAUGUGCCCGACGUGGUCUAGUAUUCGUAUUCAUUUGGGGCCUCGUAAUGAUUGGUGCACUGCAAUUUCGCCGAGUCGAGAAUGAGGUACUACAGGAGCAUGAUUCACCGACGAUGGACGAGGUCUAUCCGACGGCAGGUGUUUGGGAACAUUCACUGGAACAGGCGCCACCAUCACCACUAACGUCUGUACACCGUGAUACCCCUGGGAUACAUGAAUUAUCGGUAUAUAACAGUGAGAAACGUACGCCAGUUGAUGUUGAUGGAUACAUAACUAAUAGCAUUAACGCUGAAAGACUGAAAAAAUACACUGACAAGCGUGAGCCACUGCUUGACAAACGGCCACCAAAAACCGACGAGGAAAUAGUCAACGAGAUUGAGAAAAAAUCACCAAAUUUGCCACUAGCCUAUUGGAUGAAGAGUAGCACCCUGAAGACUUCGGGUGCAUCAAAAGCAGGCAGCUGUCCACCCAAAUUUCCCAACAUAUUUGAUCUCGAAUUUAACAACAUCUACUGGCAAACAAUGGAGUCAUCGAAUGGUACUUUUCAACUGUUCGGUGCCUACUACGAUAACCGCAAUUUAUCCCGAAUUGGUCCGGCUGUUCGCCUAGUCGGAAUGAUAAACCGAAUCGAUCCCAAAGUGAAGACAUACUGUCAGCUGUGGUACGAGGGCGAGAGAGAUCCAAAAAUAGUCGAUGUAUUCGAGUACAAGUACAUAUGGUACCCCAAAUGGGGCAAUUACAAGCAGGGUAUCUACCAGCCUUACGUGAUAGCAUGCAAAGUACCGCAGUCGCAGUGGACAAAGGGUCCACCAGCAUCAGUGUCCAUUGUGGAAAAGCCUUGCGAUGCAGCGAGAAAUAAUCUACGUGUUAUCUACAACAAGCCAAAAGUCAAAAAGGAAUUCGCCGUUUGCGUCAAGGGCCUGGAUUUCCUACACGAGGAUCUCUCAGUGCGUUUAGUCGAGUGGAUUGAGCUAAUUGGUAUACUUGGAGCUGAUAAGAUAUACUUCUACCAACUGCAAGUUCAUCCAAACAUGACAAAAGUACUCGAUUAUUAUCAGGAGUUGGGAAGAAUCGAGGUUACACCACUGACACUGCCUGGUGGACAGCCCAAUGUACCGGCAUUUCAGCACAUGUAUCUUACCAAGAAGACCAAUCACAAGAGGCAGAAUGAACUGAUACCCUACAACGAUUGUUUGUACAAACACAUGUACGAGUAUGAUUACAUUGCUCUACUCGAUAUCGAUGAAGUUAUAAUGCCAGCCAACGACACAACAUGGAGUGAACUCAUGAGACGAGUUCUACCGAAGGCACUUAAAGUACGCAAUGAAACUCAUGCCUCGUACAACGUUAGAAAUGUCUACUUUCUCGAUGACCUUCUACAUCCACAUGAGUACUUCGACCACGUGCCGAGGUACAUGCACAUGCUUCAACACGUCUACAGAUCCAAGAAUUACACAAAACCCAAUCAGUACAUCAAGUGUUUUCACAAUCCAGAGCGCGUUGUUACGCUACAUAAUCAUUUUCCAUUGGCUUGUCUCGGCUCUGGAUGCACUAGCUAUCCGAUCGAUACGCAGGACGCCCAGUUGCAGCAUUAUCGUGCAGACUGCGUUAAAUCACUCAAGAAGACUUGUCUACAGUAUCGUGAAAACAGUGUAUUGGAUACCAAGAUUUGGAGGUACAAGGAUAAGCUUGUUGAGCGUGUCACCAAGGCACUGAAGGAUCUAAAAUUUUUCGGCCCCGGUUAGGGGAUUUUUCACGGCAUUUAGCAUUUUUAUUUUAUUUCAAUGCUCAAUUGUCCUCCUUGUUCCCCGGAAAAUCAUCUAAAUAUACAUUCUUUUAUUCCGUGGAAUGACGAGACCACUUCUGCCACAUUUUCAUGGUCAAUCUCGAUCGUUCUCUGUUGUAAAAUAUAAAUAAAGAACAGUAAUGUGUGAACACAACACUGGAGUGAGAUAAAAAAAAAUACAUGUGAAGUGGACGGUUGGAAAAACAGUUAUGCUCAACUCAAGUCCAGAACAGAGGGCGAUUCACAUUGUACCAUGAAUAGCUCUUUAUUGUAGGCCACACUUACUUGUGUGCAUUAUGACGUCUGCUAACUUUUUGUUAGCAAAAAUUCCCAUACAUUAACGUGUGCCAUUAGACUCAUCGAGUGAGGCCUACAUUGAAUGCACUUGUACGUCAUUUAUUACGACUAUUGUUUUAUAUUCAUAUUGUACAGUUUGAAUAUUUGUUUUAUUUGUUAUGUUCAAUUAUCGAUGAAUGGUGAAUAAAACGUAUGAAAUAUUUAUUUCUAUGACUAAA